AUGGUCGCAAUUCCCAAAGAAGCGAUGCCUGACCCCGAACGACCUUGGACAGAUGUUGUUGCAACUAAGAGAUCAAUUCAAGAUGCCUUGCUUGAAAAACAUCGGCCGGACGCAAAUUCGACACAAAGUGUUUUGGGUACCGAUUUUGUUGAUAUCAAAGAUGUAAUCAACCUUUUGGAAACAAAACAGAUCACGGCUAUUGAACUUAUCCGCGGCUAUAUUGCGAGACAGACAAAUUGUCUAACAGAGAUUUGUUUUGACGACGCCAUGGCGCAAGCAAAACAUCUUGACGAGUACCAAAAAGAAACAGGUCGCCUGAUAGGGCCUUUGCAUGGAGUACCCGUGACAGUAAAAGAUCAAUUUAACAUCGCUGGACUAGAUUCUACCUUGGGGUAUGUGGGCAAGGCCUUCGCGCCAGCAUCACAUGACGCUCCUCUGAUAAACACGUUGAAGGAACUCGGAGCUGUCAUUAUCGCAAAGACAAACCUCCCUCAGAGUAUUAUGUGGUGCGAGACAAACAACCCACUUUGGGGUCUUACUACACAUCCGCAUGACUCGAAACUCACUCCUGGUGGUUCCUCCGGAGGGGAAGCAGCCAUCCUGGCACUUGGCGGUUCGUUAAUUGGCUGGGGAACAGAUCUUGGUGGCUCUAUACGUAUUCCGUGUCAUAUGAAUGGUAUUUGGGGGCUGAGACCAAGUAGCGGUCGAAUAUCGUAUAGGGGUGUCGAACUAACACAGGACGGCCAACAACACAUACCAUCAGUUGUAGGCCCAAUGGCAAGGUCAUUGGACUCACUCACACUGGCCACUAAAUUGUCUAUUGAGGCCGAGCAUUGGACUAUAGACUCACAGCUACCACCCAUUCCAUGGAGGGCAAACCUGUUUCAAACCUUUUCCAAAAAACCACUUGUUAUAGGUGCUUUGCUGAAUGACGGCCUGGUAAAGGUGCACCCGCCGAUCGAGCGAGUGUUCCGUAAGCUUGUAGGACAGCUCAAGUCUGCCGGUCAUGAGAUCGUGGAGUGGAACUCGAGUAUGCAUUCCGAUAUCAUGAAAAUCACAGACGGGUUGCACACAUCAGACGGAGGGGAAGAUAUCCGAAGGGGUGUAUCAGAAGGAGGAGAACCUUUUAUACCCCGAACCCAAGCCUUUGUUGAUUUGGGCAAACCCAUCUCAGUAUACUCCUACUGGCAACUCAACAAACGUAAGGUGACAGCUCAAAAUUCUUACCUUGACAUGUGGAACACAGUACGCUCUCCUUCUGGAAAGAUGGUUGAUCUUCUUCUCGUGCCCACAAUGCCGCAUACCGCAGUGCCGCAUACAUGUUGUUACUGGGCUGGCUAUACAAAAGUUUUCAACCUUUUGGAUUACACCGCAUUGACAUUUCCAGCGGGCAAGGCGAAUAAAGAGCUUGAUGAGAAGUAUAAUGUGACUUAUGAGCCUCGAAACGACAUCGAUGCCCGAGUAUGGGGAUUGUAUGAUGCGUUAGCUAUGGAGGGUCUUCCUGUAGGAUUGCAGCUCGUUGGAAGAAGGUUUGAGGAGGAGAAGGUGUUGGGAGCCAUGACGCAGAUUGAGAAAUUACUAUAG